CCAAAACUCUUAACUAUGGCGGAACGUUCUGUCCUCCGCCGAGCUUCCGUUUACUGCCGGCGGUUUACCGCCGUUCUCGGCGAUGAGAACUCGUUAAGCUCAGGGUUCUUCCUCCGCCGAUGUCACUGUGCCACUACCACGGCCCAGGCUGGGGCGGAGAGAGAAGGCGAGAGCGCAAAGAGGAGAGACAAGUGGUUCACUCUACCUCCAUACACUCCCUCUAUAGAUGGUGCUGCUCUUGGGAAAGAGCUCGCAGGAAGGAGAUCAGAUACUAUGGGGAAAACUGUCACCACCUUGACGGCGCUGAAAUGGGUUCUGCAUUGCUGCCCUGAGUUGCCAAGGUCUCUCGUACAGAAAUUGUUUCGAUUAAGACAGGUUCGAAGGGUAUCCGCUCCUGACCAAGAACAGCAAUGCAAGAGGGUCAAUGCUAAAGAUUUUAUGAAUACUGGGGAUAAAAUAUUACUUCCUGUAACUGUUGAAAAGUUCCCCGCUGAAAAAGAAGUUGAGCACCUUUAUAGCGAAGAACAAAGAGAGUUUCUCCAUAGUAUUGAAUUAUACAAGGAUCCCACAAUUCUUGUUGUCAAUAAACCCCCAGGGAUGCCUGUUCAGGGUGGUGUAGGCAUCAAACGAAGUUUAGAUGAACUGGCUGCAAAAUAUAUGAGAUAUGGCUAUCCAGAGCCCCCUCGUUUGGUGCACAGACUUGAUAGAGAUUGUAGUGGGAUAUUGGUGAUGGGAAGAACUCAAUUGAGUGCAACUGUUUUGCAUUCCAUCUUCCGAGAGAAAACAUUUGAAGCAUCUAAUGAUGAUCUUGAAAGUACAAAAAGAAACUUGCAAAAGAAGUAUUGGGCGCUUGUAAUUGGUUGUCCUAGACGUGCUGGAGGAAUAAUAUCAGUGCCACUGGGAAAGGUGAUGGUGGAUAAUGGCAAAUCUGACCGUAUUACAGUCAUGGAUGAUGACAAAGCACAAUCAGCACAAUUUGCAGUGACAGAGUAUCGGGUCAUUGAAGCUUCUGACAAGGGCUAUACGUGGUUAGAGCUAUCCCCCCUUACAGGCAGAAAGCACCAGCUUCGUGUUCACUGUGCUGAGGUAUUGGGAACACCGAUACUCGGGGAUUACAGGUAUGGGUGGCAAGCUCAUAGGAAGUUGAAGCACCUUCAUCUACCUCGUUCAGCUUCUGAUACCCUUAGCGAAAGACUUCUGAAGGAGGAUCCUUUUGGCCUGGGUUUGGGAAAUGGCAGUGUCUCUGAUAAGCAGCCCCAUCUUCACCUCCACUGCAAAGAGAUGGUUUUGCCAAACAUAUCUCUGGCUUUGCAACGAGCUCAACAAGUCUCAGAUAGCAAUCUUGCAGACGUUGAAACCAUAAAGCUGGUUGCUCCUUUGCCUCCCCACAUGCAACGGACUUGGGAUCAUCUCAAUUCUUAAAUUAUAAAAAGUUUUUGUCAUAUGUUCCUAGAGUAGUAUUUUUAAUUAGUUUUUUUUUUUUCCAGAACAUCUUUAUUUGGUUCUAGUAUUAUUGUGACAUUGUGACAUGAUCAUUUUUUAUCCCGUCAACAAAAUCGUUGAAAUG